AUGACUAAAACGCGUUUCAAUACGUACGACGUAGUGUGCUCUGUAACAGAGCUACAAAAGUUGAUAGGCAUGAGAGUCAACCAAAUAUAUGAUAUUGAUAAUAAAACCUAUCUGAUUCGUUUGGCACGAAAUGAGGAAAAAGUGGUACUGCUGUUGGAAUCUGGUUUGCGUUUUCAUACAACCAGCUUUGAGUGGCCCAAAAAUAUGGCACCGUCCGGCUUUACGAUGAAAUUGCGUAAACAUUUAAAAAAUAAGCGCUUGGAGAGCUUGCAGCAACUUGGAGUGGAUCGUAUUGUGGACUUUCAGUUUGGCUCCGGCGAGGCAGCAUACCACAUAAUUCUUGAGCUGUACGACAGGGGAAACAUUCUGCUCACCGAUUGCGAACUGCGCAUUUUAAAUAUACUCAGGCCUCACGUAGAGGGAGAAGAGCUACGGUUUGUGGUACGUGAAAAGUAUCCUAAAGAUAGGGCUAAGCAGGACAAUGGUCCUCCGUCGAUGGAACAAAUCAAGGAGGCGAUUCAGAAGGCACAUCCUGGAGACACUUUGCGAACCGCAUUAAACCCGGUGCUGGAAUACGGUGCAUCGGUGAUCGAUCAUGUACUACACAGUCGUGGCCUAUUUGGUUGUCGCAUUGGUGGAGAGCUUCCAAACGAUCCGACGCUUCCCAAAAAGGUAAAAAAGAAGCAAAAAAACAUCGCAAAAGAAUUCUCUAAGGUAUUUGAUAUGGAGACGGAUAUGGCACCUUUGAUGAGCGCAAUAAAUGAUGCAGAGAACAUGCUUAGAGAAGCUCAGAGGCAACCAUCUGCAGGGUUCAUUAUACAGAAGAAGGAAAUCAAACCGAGCAAGGAGGGCGAAAAAGAGGAGUAUUACUUCACCAACUUGGAGUACCAUCCGUAUUUAUACAACCAUUACCAAGGAGAACCGUUCAAAGAAUUCGAAUCGUUUACUGUUGCCGUCGAUGAGUUCUAUUCGUCUUUAGAAAGUCAAAAGAUAGACCUAAAAGCAUUCGCGCAGGAACGGGAGGCGCUUAAGAAAUUGUCGAAUGUGAAAACGGACCAUGCGAAACGUAUCCAAGAGCUGACAAAGGUGCAAUUGGAGGAUCGAAAGAGAGCAGAAUUGAUUUCCCGGAAUCAAGAUCUGGUCGAUAAAGCAUUACUCGCGAUACAGAGCGCACUAGCUGCGCAAAUGUCGUGGAUUGCCAUACAGGAUUUAGUAAAGGCUGCCCAAGCAAACAAGGACCCUGUUGCGUCAUGCAUUCGGCAGUUGAAGCUUGAAAUUAAUCAUAUUUCUCUGCACCUCACCGAUCCGUACGCGUUUUUGGAUGACGAAAGUAGCGCAGACGAGGACGACAGCGAUCGUGAGGAUGACGAGGAAAAGCUCGAACCGAUGGUAGUUGAUGUUGAUCUGGCCCUGACGGCUUUCGCCAACGCGCGACGUUACUACGACCAACGACGAUUCGCGGCCAGGAAAGAACAGAAAACCAUCGAGUCUAGUUCAAAGGCUUUGAAGAAUGCGGAACGGAAAACGAUACAAACGUUGAAGGACGUCCGUACGCAGACGACAAUCUCCAAGGUACGGAAGGUGUACUGGUUCGAAAAGUUUUACUGGUUUGUGAGUUCGGAGAAUUAUCUGGUGAUCGGAGGACGAGAUCAGCAACAGAACGAGUUGAUUGUGAAGCGGUACAUGCGAUCUACCGAUAUUUAUGUUCACGCAGAAAUUCAAGGCGCCUCGAGUGUCAUCAUAAAAAACCCAACAGGUAAAGAAAUUCCCCCAAAAACGCUUCUAGAGGCUGGCACCAUGGCGAUCUCGUACAGCGUGGCAUGGGAUGCAAAGGUUGUGACCAGUGCCUAUUGGGUUUACAGUGAUCAGGUUAGCAAAACGGCUCCUACCGGAGAGUACCUCACAACCGGUAGUUUUAUGAUUAGAGGACGAAAAAAUUUUCUGCCACCAUGCCACCUUGUGCUGGGAUUGUCCUUUCUCUUCAAGCUAGAGGACAGCUCGGUGGAACGACACCGAGGCGAGAGAAGGGUUCGAACGUUCGACGAAGAAUCGAUCGCCAGCAAGGAUGACGUGCGAUCUGAAAUCUCCGAGCAAGUGGAUCAAGAAAUCAAGCUGGAAGAUGACGAAUCUGACCUGGAAGAGCAGCAUCAAGAGGAGAAACCGUCCAAAACUGAACAAGCGUUGGAAGCAACAACUAACAAAAAGGAUGUGCUUUCGCUAAAGGUUAAAAAAUUAUCAAUUUCGAAAGAAUCUUUUUCAAAGUCGAAUUCGUCAGAGGAUGAUGUGAAGGAGCAGGAAGCUAACGUUGUAAAUGAACCAGACAACGAUGACGUUGACGAAGACGGGGAGAUGCCCCAAUUUCCGGAUACGCACAUAAAAGUGGAACACGAUACCGGUAAGGUUUCGGUGCGAGCGGAUCCAAUGUUGAAGCGGGUAACUUUGAAUCCGGAUGCCGAAUCGGUCAUUUUCCUCGGUGAUGAUAAACCGUACAUCAUUCAACCGGCGGCUCCUCGCAAGAAGCAAAUAUCCAAGAGCAAACAAAAAGCAAAAGAUCAGAAGGAGAAAGAACAGAAAGCAAAGGAAAAACCGAAUGCUGCACCUAAGGACGACCAGCAAAAAAUGGGCCAAUUAAAACGCGGACAGCGGGCCAAGAUGCGCAAGAUAAAGGAAAAGUACAAGGAUCAGGAUGAUGACGAGCGAAAGCUGAUCAUGGAGAUACUGAAAUCGGCCGGUAAACAAAAGCCCGAUGAGGCAACAAACGAGGACACCGAACAUAACCAGCAAGGAAAAUUCGGCGGAAAAAGCAGUGAUCAAAAGCGUACGCCGCGGCUAAAGCCGGGCGAGUUUGAAGAACUAGGCGAUGAUACGCCGGCAGCGGCCGACCUAGAUAUGCUGGACACACUCACCGGUCAACCGGUGGAAGAGGACGAGCUGUUGUUUUCUAUUCCGGUGGUGGCACCGUAUCAAUCGCUGCAUAAUUACAAAUUCAAGGUCAAACUAACACCUGGCACGGGAAAACGUGGAAAGGCCAGCAAAAUGGCGUUGCAAAUUUUCCUCAAAGACAAGCAGUGCUCGCCACGCGAAAAGGAUUUGCUGAAAGCGGUCAAGGACGAAGUGCUGGCGAGAAACAUCCCUGGAAAGGUUAAACUGUCCGCGCCCCAGAUGCAAAAGGCUCGAAAGUGAUCGAGCUCGAUAAGAUUUAUUCAUGUUGUUGACCCUUGAGAGAUCGCGUGAUGUUAUU